UUGUCCUGGCUUCAAGAGAAGAACGUACAAAAGGUAAAAAAAAAAACAUAAAAACAAUCUUUCUUCCCAUGCCUUAAACCACAAACUAUUCAAAGUCUCAAUCAAAAUAGCCAAGUUUGGGGAAGCAUUCCUCACUCUAUCCUUGUUGCCGUAAAGCCUGUUUUUAGUAAUAGGCUUAGCACAGUCAUUCAUUUACACUCUUAACUAGCUUAAUUUCCUCUUGAUGGUCGGAUUGAAGGGCUUCUUUGAAAUUGUUGCUUUCGAGUUUCUGGGUUCAACAUCACUGAUCCUUCACCUGUUAGGGUUUUCGGCUUAUGAUUUUCAGAUGCAUCGGCGACCCCACCACAAGAGUGUGGGUCACAUUCCUUUGGACAAUCGGUUCCAAAAGGAGCCUCUUCACCUGGCGCAAACCCGGAACUGUUGCGAUUUUGCUCGACAAAACCAAAUUCAGCGAAUGUAUCAAGAGUUUGAAGUGGCCAAUCAGCGGCGAUUGGUUCGUCGAGCCGAUAGCUACGAGCCCGUUUUGAGCUCUCGACGACAGAGAAGAUGCAGCAUUGGGAAUGCCGCCCACUCCUAUCGUCCAGCAACAGGCGUGGAUUUGGCAUUGGGCUUGAAUGGAUAUCAAUCGGUUUCGUUCCCACACCCACCCAGGAUCCCAUCCACACUUUCCUCAUUGGGUGUGGAGGAAACCCCACCAUCGAUUCGGCCACGUUCCUGCAUGGAUAGGGAGAGAGUGUCCCACAUGUUGGCCACUGUUCAGGCGCAAAAGCAGGCCGAAGAGAUCGAGAGGAAGAAGCUGGUCCAAGAGGCUCAAGAGAAGAAGGUCCAAAUGGAAAGUGAGGAACUCCUGAGUGAACGGAGCCGUCAAUUGGGGCAGGUCAUGGCCAAAGAUUGGAACUAUCAAAGGUCUUUGAAGGAGAAGCAGAAAUUGGAUGAGCAGCUACAAAUUGCUCAAGAGGUCUUGGACCGAAAUAAACGCUUGGAGGAGGAAACCAGACUACAGCAGACAGACAGGCUUGAAAAAGAGCGGACUUUGGCCGAUGAACGCAGGCAAGAUUUGAAUGAUCAUCAGGAACGAAAACACAAAGAGGAUUUGGAACACUAUGAGCAAGAGCAAAGAGAGGUUUGUCAAUAUGCCCAAGAAGACCUUGAGGAGAAGUUGGAUAAAGAUCGAUCAAACUACGAAUCCCGGAACAAUCAGUUGACAUUGCGACAACACCAGCUCAAUCAGAUUGAAAAAAAAGCCAUGAAGGCCAAUCACAAUGCCUACAAUACUGUGGCCGCCGAAAAGGCCAAGAAUGAACAAAACACCCGGGUUCUGGAUGAAGAGCGCUUGUUUUAUGAGAGAGAAAAAGAGAGACAGUUGGCGGAACAACAAGAAUACCACGAGUUCUUGCAAAAUGGCGCCAAGCAAAAGGCUAGGGAGGAGGAUUUUGAAAACAAACAUACCGAACAAGCUAAGCGGGAAGUUCAAGCAUCCAAUUAUAACAGCAUGAUCUCGAAGCAAAGAGAGCGCGACUCUCAACGGAUGGAAGUGAAUGACUUCAUUGUGGGACAGAUUAAAGAGCGAGAGAAGCUAGCCCAAGCCUCUCAAAUGUCCCAGGAACGGGAGAUGGAACAACGGCUCCGUGAAGAGCAGGAGUACGCCAACGCUAUUCAAGAGAAGAAAGAGAAUCUUCAAAGAGCUCAACUGGCAUAUCGAAAGAGUCUUCAAGCCCAAAUCGAGGAACGAGAACUGCGAAGGCAGAACAUGGAACAAGAGCAUCAACGAUUCACCAAAGAGGUGGAGCAUGCCGAGAAUCGCGAGAACCGAGAGGUCAAUCAUAAGAUGAGAAAGUUAAAUUUAUUGGAAUCUCACAUCAGAUUCGAUUAUUGAACCUGAUAUUGAAACAACCAUGGAUCAUUAAAAUAUAUGUGAAAUGAAGGAUAUCAAUGAUGAGGAAUUGACAUUUU